AUUGGUGGGUUAGUUUUUCUUGCGGCAUCGUUCAGAAGUCAAAUUGCGACUAUGGCGGAUGAUCACACUGAUGCAGACCAAGGCAUGGAGGGACACACGCCGGUUGCAGAAAAUCCACAUGCGGAAUAUGGGCUCACGGAAAACGUUCAGAGAAUCGCAGAGAACGAGAAAUCGAACGCAGAAAAGGCUUCAAAACAGAAGGUGGACUUGCAGUCCCUCCCCACACGAGCAUAUUUAGACCAAACAGUGGUGCCAAUUCUUCUACAGAGUCUUUCUGUUCUGGCCAAGGAAAGACCUCAAAACCCCAUCGAGUUUUUAGCAGCACACCUUCUCAAGAACAAGUCACAGUUUGAAGAUCGAAAUUAGCAUCGUGGAAGUCUUACUCCUCAGUG